AUGUCUCGAGAACAGGUGGCAGUUGAACGCGCUAGGAAGGCCUUUCAAACAGGGAGGUCGAAAGAUCUAGGUUACAGAAUACAGCAGCUCAAAAACCUGAAACGGUUUCUCACAGAGAGACUGAAGGACAUCACUGCCGCUCUCCAAAAAGAUCUCUACAAGAGUCAGCAUGGGACUGAGCUAUAUGAGAUUCUUGGCUUGGAGGGAGAGAUCAACGUGGCUGUUAGCAGACUGGCAGAAUGGGCUGCCCCAAGGCCAGUUGAGAAGAACCUCCUCACCAUUUCAGACGAAGUCUACAUUCGACCGGAGCCUCUUGGUGUGGUUCUCAUUAUUGGAGCCUGGAACUACCCCUGGGCAGUUACCCUGCAACCACUCAUUGGUGCUGUUGCUGCAGGUAAUGCUGCUGUGAUCAAGCCAUCAGAAGUGUGCGGUCACACAGCAAAAGUCAUGGAGCUUAUUUCUGACUACAUGGACAAGGAGAUGUAUCCUGUGGUGACAGGAGGUGUUCCUGAGACCCAGGAGCUGCUGAGGCAGCGUUUUGAUCACAUCUUCUACACGGGAAACAGCACCGUGGGGAAGUUAGUCAUGGAGGCAGCGUCUCGACAUCUCACCCCAGUGACAUUGGAGUUAGGGGGGAAGAGCCCCUGUUACAUCGACAAGGACUGUAACCUCAGCAUUGCCUGUCGACGCAUAACUUGGGGAAAGUUUGUUAACUGUGGUCAGACCUGCAUAGCACCUGACUAUAUCCUCUGUGAUCCUAGCAUACAAGACCGAGUGAUUGAUGAGAUCAGAAAAUGCAUUGAGGAAUUUUACACAGAUGACCCUAAGACAUUUCAAGACUAUGGACGAAUCAUCAACCAGCGCCAUUUCAAGAGAAUAAUGGCUUUGGCUGAAGGGAGCACUGUUGCUAUUGGAGGAGAAAAUGAUGAAUCGCAGUGUUACAUUGCUCCAACGGUCUUGAAGGACGUGAGUCCAGAGUCUAAGGUGAUGCAGGAGGAGAUCUUCGGGCCUGUGCUCCCCAUUGUUCCAGUUGGAGGACUGGAUGAGGCCAUUCGGUUUAUUAAUGAACGAGAGAAGCCUCUGGCACUUUACGUCUUCACCUCUAACCAAAAGGUGAUCAAACAGAUGAUAUCACAGACAUCUAGUGGUGCACUCCUGGCCAAUGACUGCUUGGUACACUACACAAUUAGUGACUUGCCUUUUGGCGGCGUGGGUAACAGUGGGAUGGGCCGUUACCAUGGCAAAUACAGCUUUGACCAAUUAAGUCACUUGCGCAGCUGUCUCAUUAAAAAGCUGAACAUGGAGGCGGUGAAUCAGAUGCGUUACCCACCACACACUACGGAGAAACUACGCUGGGCUCGUAUACUGCUCACCAAACCUGUGAACUUGGGACGUUUGCGUCGGUUCGCACAGGUGGCUAUGCUCGCGGCAUUGGCAGCUUUUGUGAUGCAGGUACGCUGA